AUGAACCUAUUUGAUCCCACGUCGGCAACCUACCCCGGCUCUAAUUGGCUAGGCGUCUUCGCCGGAUAUAUAGACUCAUCAGAAGCGCUUGCGAUAAUCCGCAUUAUUGGUGGUGUCAAUCUCUUCUACAGCCCGUUGUGGCAGAUUGGCUCAGGUGUCCUAACCAACGGUCUCUGUCACGUAGAUGCCAACACGCAGCGAGACUUUGUUCCGGUCGAUAAUUACUGGUCUUACAGAGUAACAUCCUGUACCUUGGUCUUUGAAGAUCCCUAUACAACUGGCCGCUGGAAACGGGAAGCCGACAUCGAGGAAGACAGCUACACUGGGCCCGGCCAUUUACAUCCUAGUCUCUGGCAAGUUAAAGGUACAGUAGAGUCCCGGGUCUUUUGA